AUGGAUCUGGAAUUGAGGGAGGAGGAGGGAGCUAUCAUUCUUUCUCUAAAGGUACGUACGUCUGCGUGCACCACUGUGCCCAUUUGCCGUGGAGAAGCGUUAAAUAAUACAUUUAGGAGUAGAUAUGUGAGUUGCGCUUGGACAAAAACAAUACACUGCGAAUGGAGGAAGUUAGGGAGUGUUCUGGAAAUUCAGAGGUACAGGCUUGGUGGGGUCCUGAAGGGGGCUCUUACACGUAGGAUUGUCAGCCUUACCAAGGUGUUUCAAGCGAGAUCCUGAAAUUAGAAUCAUGGGAGUCGAAAUGUGGCAAAAUUAUUGACUCCGAGUAGCUUGCAUCACGGCUGCCUCAAUAAGUGGUGUAUAAAAAAUUCCAAUAGUUGUAAUACAUAA